UCCGGGGCGGAGGAGGCUGAGUGGUGCAGUGAGGGACAAACAAAAGGAGGCGCCGGAGCAGCGCUGCGGCCGGCGGCGGGACGGAGCGGCCGGGGCCUGGAGCUGCCUGCUGGGCGGCUGGGCGCGGCAAGCCCAGGGAGGCAGCGUCCAUGGAGCGAAAGGAAUGCCAGGACCCUGCCCAGGCAGAUGUGGGCCAGCCUCAGCACCGACAGCCGACGCGCAGAUAGCAGAGCCGUCCUUGGGCCCUCCGAGCAAUAGACUUGUCAGCCCAUUUUACAGAUGAGGAAACCAGAGCCCAGCGAGGUGAAGGGACUUUCUCAUGGUCUCGUGGUGAGAUUGAACCAUGAUUCCGGUGACAGAGCUCCGCUACUUUGCGGACACGCAGCCAGCAUACCGGAUCCUGAAGCCGUGGUGGGAUGUGUUCACAGACUACAUCUCUAUCGUCAUGCUGAUGAUUGCCGUCUUCGGGGGGACGCUGCAGGUCACCCAAGACAAGAUGAUCUGCCUGCCUUGUAAGUGGGUCACCAAGGACUCCUGCAAUGACUCGUUCCGGGGCUGGGCAGCCCCUGGCCCGGAGCCUACCUACCCCAACUCCACCAUUCUGCCGACCCCUGACACGGGCCCCACAGGCAUCAAGUAUGACCUGGACCGGCACCAGUACAACUAUGUGGACGCCGUGUGCUAUGAGAACCGGCUGCACUGGUUUGCCAAGUACUUCCCCUACCUGGUGCUUCUGCACACACUCAUCUUCCUGGCCUGCAGCAACUUCUGGUUCAAAUUCCCACGCACCAGCUCGAAGCUGGAGCACUUUGUGUCUAUCCUGCUGAAGUGCUUCGACUCGCCCUGGACCACGAGAGCCCUGUCGGAGACAGUGGUGGAGGAGAGUGACCCCAAGCCGGCCUUCAGCAAGAUGAAUGGCUCCAUGGACAAGAAGUCAUCGACCGUCAGUGAGGACGUGGAGGCCACCGUGCCCAUGCUGCAGCGGACCAAGUCACGGAUCGAGCAGGGUAUUGUGGACCGCUCAGAGACGGGCGUGCUGGACAAGAAGGAGGGGGAGCAGGCCAAGGCGCUGUUUGAGAAGGUGAAGAAGUUCCGGACCCAUGUGGAGGAGGGGGACAUCGUGUACCGCCUCUACAUGCGGCAGACCAUCAUUAAGGUGAUCAAGUUCAUCCUCAUCAUCUGCUACACCGUCUACUACGUGCACAACAUCAAGUUCGACGUGGACUGCACCGUGGACAUUGAGAGCCUGACGGGCUACCGCACCUACCGCUGUGCCCACCCCCUGGCCACACUCUUCAAGAUCCUGGCGUCCUUCUACAUCAGCCUAGUCAUCUUCUACGGCCUCAUCUGCAUGUACACACUGUGGUGGAUGCUACGGCGCUCCCUCAAGAAGUACUCGUUCGAGUCGAUCCGCGAGGAGAGCAGCUACAGCGACAUCCCCGACGUCAAGAAUGACUUCGCCUUCAUGCUGCACCUCAUUGACCAAUAUGACCCGCUCUACUCCAAGCGCUUCGCUGUCUUCCUGUCGGAGGUGAGCGAGAACAAGCUGCGGCAGCUGAACCUCAACAACGAGUGGACGCUGGACAAGCUCCGGCAGCGACUCACCAAGAAUGCGCAGGACAAGCUGGAGCUGCACCUGUUCAUGCUCAGUGGCAUCCCUGACACUGUGUUUGACCUGGUGGAGCUGGAGGUCCUGAAGCUGGAGCUGAUCCCCGACGUGACCAUCCCGCCCAGCAUUGCCCAGCUCACGGGCCUCAAGGAGCUGUGGCUCUACCACACAGCAGCCAAGAUUGAGGCGCCCGCGCUGGCCUUCCUGCGUGAGAACCUGCGAGCGCUGCACAUCAAGUUCACCGACAUCAAGGAGAUCCCGCUGUGGAUCUAUAGCCUGAAGACGCUGGAGGAGCUGCACCUGACGGGCAACCUGAGCGCGGAGAACAACCGCUACAUCGUCAUCGACGGGCUGCGGGAGCUCAAACGCCUCAAGGUGCUGCGGCUCAAGAGCAACCUGAGCAAGCUGCCGCAGGUGGUCACAGAUGUGGGCGUGCACCUGCAGAAGCUAUCCAUCAACAAUGAGGGCACCAAGCUCAUCGUCCUCAACAGCCUCAAGAAGAUGGCGAACCUGACUGAGCUGGAGCUGAUUCGCUGUGACCUGGAGCGCAUCCCCCACUCCAUCUUCAGCCUUCACAACCUGCAGGAGAUUGACCUCAAGGACAACAACCUCAAGACCAUCGAGGAGAUCAUCAGCUUCCAGCACCUGCACCGCCUCACCUGCCUUAAGCUGUGGUACAACCACAUCGCCUACAUCCCCAUCCAGAUCGGCAACCUCACCAACCUGGAGCGCCUCUACCUGAACCGCAACAAGAUCGAGAAGAUCCCCACCCAGCUCUUCUACUGCCGCAAGCUGCGCUACCUGGACCUCAGCCACAACAACCUGACCUUCCUCCCCGCCGACAUCGGCCUCCUGCAGAACCUCCAGAACCUGGCCAUCACGGCCAACCGGAUCGAGACGCUCCCUCCGGAGCUCUUCCAGUGCCGGAAGCUGCGGGCCCUGCACCUGGGCAACAACGUGCUGCAGUCACUGCCCUCGAGGGUGGGCGAGCUGACCAACCUGACACAGAUCGAGCUGCGGGGCAACCGGCUGGAGUGCCUGCCCGUGGAGCUGGGCGAGUGCCCGCUGCUCAAGCGCAGCGGCUUGGUGGUGGAGGAGGACCUGUUCAACACGCUGCCGCCCGAGGUGAAGGAGCGGCUGUGGAGGGCUGACAAGGAGCAGGCCUGAGCCAGGCCGGCCCAGCACAGCAAGCAGCGGACCGCUGCCCAGUCCUCAACCCUGGAGGGGCAGGCCCAGCUUCUCCCAGAACUCCCGGACAGCCAGGCCAGCCUCGCGGCCGGGCAGGAGCCUGGGGCCACUUGUGAGUCGGGCCAGAGCGAGAGGACAGUAUCUGUGGGGCUGGCCCCUUUUCUCCCUCUGAGACUCACGCCCCCCAGGGCAAGCGCUUGUCGAGGAGAGCAAGUCUCAAGAGCGCAGUAUUUGGAUAAUCAGGGUCUCCUCCCUGGAGGCCAGCUCUGCCUCAGGGGCUGAGCUGCCACCAGAGGUCCUGGGACUCUCACUUUAGUUCUUGGUAUUUAUUUUUCUCCGUCUCCCACCUCCUUCAUCCAAAUAACUUAUACAUUCCCAAGAAAGUUCAGCCCAGAUGGAAGGUAUUCAGGGAAGGGUGGGCUGCCUUGUCCCCUUGUCCUUAUUUAGCGAUGCCACCGGGCAUUUAAUGCCCACCUGGACUUCAGCAGAGUGGUCCGGGGUGAACCAGCCGUGGGACAGUCACCCAGCGGUGCCGGGCUGGGCUCUGCGGUGUGGUCCACGGGAGAGCAGGCCUCCAGCUGGAAAGGCCAGGCCUGGAGCUUGCCUCUUCAGUUUUUGUGGCAGUUUUAGUUUUUAGUUUGUUUUUUUUUUUUUAAUCAAAAAACAAUUUUUUUAAAAAAAAAGCUUUGAAAAUGGAUGGUUUAGGUAUUAAAAAGAAAAAAAAAAACUUAAAAAAAAAAAAAAGACACUAAUGGCCAGUGAGUUGGAGUCUCAGGGCAGGGUGGCAGUUUCCCUUGAGCAAAGCAGCCAGACGUUGAACUGUGUUUCCUUUCCCUGGGCGCAGGGUGCAGAGUGUCUUCCAGAUCUGGUGUGACCUUGGUCCAGGAGUUCUAUUUGUUCCUGGGGAGGGAGGUUUUUUCGUUUGUUUUUUGGGGUUUUUUUGGGUGUCUUGUUUUCUUUCUCCUCCAUGUGUCUUGGCAGGCACUCAUUUCUGUGGCUGUUGGCCAAAGGGAAUGUUCUGGAGCUGCCAAGGAGGGAGGAGACUCGGGUUGGCUAAUCCCCGGAUGAACGGUGCUCCAUUCCCACCUCCCCUCCUCGCGCCUGCCCUGCCUCUCCACGCACAGUGUUAAGGAGCCAAGAGGAGCCACUUCGCCCAGACUGUGUUUCCCCACCUCCUGUGGCAUGGGUGUACCCAGUGCCACCGCUGGCCUCUGCUGCUUCCAUCAGCCCUGUUGCCACCUGGUCCUUCAUGAAGAGCAGACACUUAGAGGCUGGUCGGGAAUGGGGAGGUCACCCCUGGGAGGGCAGGCUUUGGUUCCAAGCUGGUUCCUGUCCCUGGCGCCUGGAGUGCACAUAGCCCAGUCGGCGCCUGGUGGCGGGAAGCCACCCUGCUUUAGAUCACUCGGGUCCCCACCUUAGAAGGGUCCCCGCCUUAGAUCAAUCACGUGGACACUAAGGCACGUUUUAGCGUCUCUUGUCUUAAUGAUUAUGUCCAUCCGUCUGUCCGUCCAUUUGUGUUUUCUGCGUCGUGUCAUUGGAUAUAAUCCUCAGAAAUAAUGCACACUAGCCUCUGACAACCAUGAAGCAAAAAUCCGUUACAUGUGGGUCUGAACUUGUAGACUCGGUCACAGUAUCAAAUAAAAUCUAUAACAGAAAGUA